GUGGGUGAAGUAGUAGAGUUUACAGCUCGCACUACGGAGCCAGUGAAGCACAUCACAUAUCAGGUUUACGCAAAAGGGACGAUGGUUUUUGAGUCCAAGGUGGUCUCGCCCGUGGAGGCCGGAAGUCAAACGUUUCCAUCUCAUUCACACUCACAGCAGUCAUGGCGCCCAACUGCCGCCUUCUAGCCUUUUACUUCCGCGACAAUGGCGAGGUAGUUCCAGACAGUAUGUCCGUCAGUGUCCAGGGAACCUCGGACAACCCAGUAAAUGUCACGUUUUCUGUAGAAACGGCCAAACCAGGAGACACUGUCAAUCUUGUAAUCAGUGCCAAGCCCAACACCACCAUUUUCUUGCUGUCUGUAGACAAGAGCGUUCAGCUCCUCAAGUCUGGAAACGACAUCACACAGGACACGAUCACCGAGGAGCUUGUAUCCUACGACUACGGCUCCGGGUUUUACGGGUACUGGCGAUAUAUGUUCAUCUGCGGGUGGCCAUACCCUUCAAGGGGAUCCGAUGCUAGUCAAGUCUUUAAUGACGCCAACGUGAUCAUACUCACAGAUGGUCUGGUGUAUGAAAAGCCAAUCGAAAGAUAUCCGGUUUUUCGGUUCGCUUCUAAUGUAAGAGGAGGUAUGGCAGAAGCUGCAGAUUUUGCAUCCCCUCCUGCUUCUCCUGACUCGCCUGUGGAAAGAAUCCGCAAAAAUUUUCCAGAAACAUGGCUUUGGUCUAUGGUCAUUGUCGGUUCUAGUGGAAUUUACAUUCAACCAGAGAUCGCUCCAGAUACAAUCACUACCUGGCUGACGACUGCCAUCGCAGUCCACCCUCUUUAUGGGCUGUCGGUCACACCCAAGCCUGCUGAGAUCACAACCUUCCUGCCACUGUUUGUCACCUUGAACAUGCCUUACUCGGUGAUCCGUGGGGAGGACAUCUGUAUGAAGGCCUUUGCCUUCAACUAUUACGAAACUGCAUUGAAGAUGACCCUGACGAUGGGAAAGACUGAUGGCAUACAGGUUAUCCGCUUGCAACGAAACAACAGAAAACCGAAGGGGGUGGAGGAAGUGCGCCAGUCUAUCAGUGUCUCUCAUUACCUCGGCACAGUGAACCCUGACACGGUAGCGACACGGACUUCUGCUUCACGCCGGUCAAGCUGGGGUCAUUGCCCAUCCGGGUCAACCUCACAACACCCUCAGUCCCUGGAGACGGUGUAGAGCAAAUGCUUCUUGUCAAGCCGGAGGGUACUCCGAAGUCCGAGGCAGAGUCCAUAAUUCUGGACGUGAGGCCGGGCGUCCUGUUCUCACAUAUCGCCAACAUCACCUUCCCUAGUGGCGUAGUGCAGGGCUCACAACACAUCUCUGUCGCAAUAGCUG